CUUUUGGGUCGUGACCCACAGGUUGAGAAAAGCUGAUAAAGAUGAAUAAGGACUUCCCAGGCCUAGCAGGUUCUCACUUUCAGCCCCUUUUCUAUAGCAGUGUUGGUCCUCUGAGAACGCUUGUAAGUGUGUAAGGAAUCUCAAGCAGAGAGGAAUGUUCCAUUCGAGAGUUAACUCUUAAAUGCUGCUCCAGAGCUAUGUUGCUGUAUCCUCAAUGAUACUAAUAUGGUUUAUAAACAUGAGUACACAGUAUCAUCUGAAUUGACUUUAUUGCUAGUGAAAACACAACAGCGCAAAUUUACCAGGGGUGAAACAUUAGACAGAGUUUAUAUUUCCAAGCCUUUCAUUGAGAUUGAGGUAUUUAUCCAGUUUUCAUAAACUGACUGCAGUAAUUUUUUUGUGUAGGUGAUUGGCCAUUCCAAGUACAAAGAGUCCCAAAGAAUUGCAGUCUUCCUGAGCAUGCAAGAUGAAAUCCAGACAGAAGACAUCAUUAAGGACAUUUUUAAUCAGGGCAAAGAGUGUUUCAUUCCACAGUACAAGCCCCAGAGCAAUCACAUGGAUAUGCUAAAGUUAGCAUCAGUUGAAGAAAUUUCUUCACUUCCUGUGACAUCCUGGAAUAUCCUUCAGCCGAGUGAUGAUGACAUAAGGGAAGAAGCUUUGUCCGGGGGGGGUCUUGACCUCAUCCUCAUGCCAGGCCUUGGGUUUGACAAAAAUGGCAACAGACUGGGAAGAGGCAAGGGGUACUAUGACACCUACCUUGAACGAUGUAUGAAACACCCCAGAGGGAAACCUUACACCAUUGCCUUAGCUUUCAAGGAGCAGAUCUGUGAGUCAGUACCAGUGUCAGAAAAUGAUGUCCAAAUAGAUGAAGUCCUUUAUGAAGACAGCUAAGUGGCUUUUGAAACCGACUGAUCACAGAACGGUCAACCAAAGACUUCAUGUCCUAUUGGCACAUCUUUGUCAUCAUCAUACAUGAUUUUUGUGAGGGUACAAUACAUUAUUUUUCUUCUGACCAAAAGAAAAGUCAGCGAAACAACAUUCUUGCAAAUAAGGACUGUACUGAUCUCAUCCUAAUUAGAUAAUAUCUAGUGAAAAGUCUUAUUCUGGAAUCAAUAGAAACAUGAAUGUGUGACUGUUUUCAUUAAAAUAAAGAUCAUUUAAUC